AUGGGGAGCAUCGACAUCUCCGCUUGCGACGUACCGCAGUUUAAGACACCAUGGAUCCAGACACCGUUGGUUGAGUCUGCCACUCUCUCGAGGGCCGCUGGAUGUAGGAUCUUCCUGAAGCUGGAGAACGUCCAGCCCAGCGGUUCCUUCAAGUCCCGUGCUAUGGGCAAUCAGAUCCUCUCUCACCUUCGCAACCCUGAAAACGUGGGCCGCCGGGUUCACUUCUACGCCUCUUCGGGAGGUAAUGCCGGCCUGGCAGCUGUCUGUGCAGCCCGGACCCUGGGAUACCCUUGCACCGUAGUAGUCCCCAUGGCCACCAAGCCUUUGAUGCUGGACAAGAUCCGGGCCGCGGGCGCUGCGGACGUCAUCCGCCACGGUGAGACCUUCUCCGAGGCCGGAGAGUACAUGCGGGAAACCAUCAUGAAGACCAGCAACGGCGACGACGAAGAUGUCGUCAAGAUUGCCCUUCACCCCUUCGAUAACCAGCCUAUCUGGGAAGGAAAUGGCACCAUCAUUGACGAGCUCGAGACCCAGCUCCCUCCCGCCAUGAGCCCCGAAGACAUCAAGGCCUACAGCAACCGGGCCCUCCCCCUCGAUUCCAUCAUCUGCAGUGUCGGUGGCGGUGGCCUCCUCAAUGGCCUCGUCCAGGGCAUCGAAAAGCGCCGACAGAAGAAGCAGGCCACUUCCUCCACCUCACCUAACCCUAUCCACCUCCUCGCCAUCGAAACGGCCGGUACCGAUUCCCUGGCAGCAGCCAUCGCCAACAAAUCCCUCGUCUCCCUCCCCAAGAUCACAUCACAAGCCACCUCCCUCGGAGCCAUCCGCGUCUCGGAAACCACAUUCCAAUACGCUGUUGCUCCACCACCUGGUAUCCAGGUGCACAGCGCCGUGCUUUCAGAUGCAGACGCAGCCCGCGGCGUCCUCCGUCUCGCCAACGAUGAAAGACUCCUCGUCGAGCUUGCAUGCGGUGUAUGUGUCGAGGCGGCGAUUGGCGACGCUGCUUCUGCCGUCUCUGCGUCGGGAGCCGCCGGCGCUCAGAGCAUCAAGAAGCGGAAGAGGGGUUCCAAUGACACUGCUGUCUCCUACCGUGACGAAGGCUACGGGGAUGACCGGUCGAUCUCGACGGAUAAUGAGACUGACCUUGAGAUCGAUGCGGAGGUCGGCGCUGGCAAGCUCAACUCUAAGCUCAAGCAGCUGGUCCCUGAUCUCAACCCUAACAGCAGGGUCGUCAUCAUCGUCUGCGGUGGAAGCUAUGUCACUAUCGACAUGGCUUCUGAGUGGCGCAAGAUGUUGGAUGAAGGCUGGGCAUGA